AUGGUGGUGGAAGUGAGAGGUGUGGCAGGAGAUAGGGGGGUGAAGGUAGGUGGUGUUUGUAGUUGUGAUAAUAGUAACCAUAAUGGUGAUGGUGGUAAAUAUGAUGAAUUGAUAGUGCUUGGCUUUUACGAGAAGCUAAAGGAGUCCAAGCUAAAGGCCUUCAAGCUAAACUGUGGACAAAAUGAUAGGUUGGAGGACUUCUUAGAUGCCCUCAACCUGAUCACUGCUAGGUUGGAGGAAUUCUACCCUGAUAGGAAUAUCAUUACAAAUUACAAGUAUAUAAUGGAAUUGAUUAACACUCUCAUUAUUCACAAACUGAGGAAAAGAAAUUUCUACACUGAUAAAAUGAUAAGCUUGAGAGGGCUGCAACAUGAUUCUUUUGCUUUUUUUGAUGUCCCAUCGCCUCUGUUGGGAUAA